CCUCAUGAGAGGCACGGCACCGGAGCUGCAGCUUCACCUCGCCAGCUCUCGGCCCGCCCCUCGAUCGCCCAGGCCGGUAUCCUCCCUCGCCGGCGCCACCAUGGACCGCAAGAGCAAGUCCACCAAGGGCUCCGCGGCGAGCUCGGCAGCGGCGUCCAUGGCCGCGCUCGCUGCCGCCGCGGCGGCCGGCGACAGCAGCGCGGACCCCGGGGCGGAGGACAACGUGCCUGCGAAGAUGGCAGCCGUGGGAGACGUCUCCAGCUCCUCCCCGGUGGCGGCGAGGAGGAGCGUGGCGGCCGCGGGCGGUGCCGCCUCCAGCUCCUCCCCGGUGCCGGCGGCGGCGAGGAGGGGCGCGGCGGCGGCGGCGGCGGCGUCUGUCGCGGCAGGAGGAGGAGGCGGCGGCGGGCCGAGGUGCCAGGCGGAGCGGUGCAACGCCAAUCUGAUGACCGACGAGAAGCCGUACAACCGGAGGCACAAGGUGUGCGAGGCGCACUCCAAGGCUCCCGUCGUGCUCGUCGCCGGCCUCCGCCAGCGCUUCUGCCAGCAAUGCAGCCGGUUCCACGAGCUGUCGGAGUUCGACGACAUCAAGCGCAGCUGCCGCCUGCGUCUGGCCGGGCACAACGAGCGGCGCCGGAAGAGCUCGGCCGACGCGCACGGUGGUGGCGGCGCCGGCGCCGGCGCCGGCAAUGGAUUCCGCCAACACGCCGAUCAGAACGGCCCGGCCGGGAACCACUUCCAGAUCAGAUAAACCUAUCUAUCUAAGCAUGCUCUCUCUCUUCUGUCAUGCAGCAGGAUAUGCUAGCAUUAUUAUUACCGAUAAAUAUGUGUUGCAUCGGUCGUCUACCCUGUGUUGCGUUACUAGUACUACGUGCUAACUGAAUCAUGUCGGCAGUGCACAUGACCUCCUGCAGUGGUAGUGUGCUUGUAUGUGCACCGACCGGAGGUCUACGUGCUAAUCUCUGCCAGAAAAAACCAGCUAAUUAUAUCUGCUGAUUGUAACCUAAUUAAUUUGCAGCCAAUUAAGCAGGGACUGCUAGCUAGCGUAAUUGUUGGUGUGAGUAUGUCUGCACUACGUGUGUAAUCCUGUGGCCUGUCCAAACAGUAAUUUGUGCUGGCUGUGUGUAUUGAUGUUGAUGCUGCUCUGAUAAUUGUGGUAAUAUAUGUGCUAUUUAUUCAAGUAGUAAUGAUAUAUAUUUGUUGUA